AUGCAUCCUAGGUCUGACCGCUACUACGGGGCUCAGAAUCAACAAAUCAAUAAUCAGGGAAAUCUCCAGGUCGAUCAUCCACGUACACCAGCCCAACAACCCCCACCUCUACUGCCCAACAACGUGAUCUCCUUACCGUCUCUUAUCGACAUGACCCAUGUCAAGAUACAUCCCCUACUGAGAUACACUGGAGUACCAUCAAGAUUGGAGUACGACAUUGUCAAGCCCCCCCACACGGCAUGUCUUCUGAAUCAAACAUCCGACGCCGACUGGCAGUAUUUACCCGCAGUUGAGCCACCGUUCUCGCGGAUGGUCUCAGAGCUGGUUAUCAAGGUACCGGGAGUUCCAUCCUUCGUGAUCGUAUAUCCGGAGGAUAAAUCCAGCGGAAUAAUCACCAUUUGGGAUGUAUUUCGUGGCGUCUACAAGGCAGUUCGAGGGGUCGUCGAAAGCAAAUAUGGGCAGGAUGUUGACACCGUCUUGCAGCACCCAUUUUUUCGGAAUAGAUUCGGCCCUAUGCCUAUUGGCCUCAGUCAACUGAAGGAGAAAGGAGAAAAAGAAAGAAGAAUGUACGAAAUUAUAAGGGAUUACUUUGGCGGUGGCAAAUUUAUCUGGGCGGGCUUAUAUCCAAGCCGCACUGAGCCAGAUGCGGCGAUGAAUGAUAAACUAGUCGACAAUCAGAGAGAUGGAGAAAAGGCAGACAACGCAAGUGUUGGCAAUGCGUCGCUAUCGGUGGUGGACCCCAAAGGACAAGGUCACCUCAAUCCUGGGGAGCUUACGUUUGAAGAAGACGUUGCCGGUGGGAUGGGGCGGCACUUAGGAGUGUUCAGUUGCACGAUGCUUAUCGUUGGUAGAAUCAUUGGGACUGGAAUUUUUUCGACACCAUCGUCUAUUUUAUCCUCUGUAGGUUCUGUCGGAGCGUCGCUUAUGCUCUGGGUUCUUGGAUUCGUCUUAUCCUUCUGUGGAUUGUUUGUUUGGCUCGAGUACGGAACAAUGUUUCCGCGCUCCGGAGGAGAGAAGGUCUAUCUUGAGGCCGUGUUCAAGAAACCCAAAUAUCUCGCUACAGUCAUAUUUGCGAGCAACGCGAUUCUACUCGGGUUUACGGCAUCUGGCUGUAUUGUAUUUGCCAAUAAUAUUCUCAUUUCUGCCGGUCAUGCUGCAGAGCGUUGGGUAGUGAGAGGAAUAGCGCUUGGAGUGAUAUUUUUUGUGACUGUACUCCAUGGCUUAACACCUAAAUUGGGUGUUCUUCUCAUGAACGCCCUGAGCGUCUUCAAAAUCAUAAUCCUUCUCUUUAUCGUGAUUACAGGCUGGGUUGUACUUUCGGGAAAAACGCGUAUUCAUGAUCCCCAUGCCAACUUCCGGGAUGCUUUUAGUGGAAGCUCGCACAGCAGUAACGACUACGCUACCGCUACGUUCAAAGUCCUCAAUGCCUACGCUGGGUGGUCAAACGUCAAUUACGUGAUGAAUGAUGUAAAGAAUCCUGUACGGACACUGAAGAUUGCAGGCCCACUUGGGCUUGGGAUAUGUGCUGUUUUCUAUCUGCUCGCGAAUGUGGCAUACUUUGCCGCUGCUACUAAGCAAGAGAUUCGGACAUCGGGUGUCACUGUUGCCUCGUUAUUUUUCAAAAAUGUCUUCGGGACAGAAGCACAGAAAGCUCUAUCCGCGAUUGUCGCCCUCAGUGCUCUAGGCAAUGUUAUUACCAUCACAUACGCAGCUUCUCGAGUCAACCAAGGUGAGGAUCGUACAUAUCCACUAUCAGUAUACGAUGAUCAUUGA